AUGGGCAUAAAAGUAACUGAAGAAAAGCUCAAGUCAACUGCUCAAAAUGUAGUUUUAAUUAAUGGACUAACUAAUGGAAUUUGGACAGCUAAAUUGGGGUACUUCAGUCUCUUGCCAGACGAGUAUCAGAAGAGACUUUCUGGGGUUACUGAUAUUGAAAUGGAAACUGUAACGGGAAUACAAACAAUUAGAAGUAAAAGACAAACAUCAAAUUCUACUAAAAAAUGCAACUACACAACAGAAUUUGAUGUUCGCGAUAAAUGGCCAAAAUGUUCUCCUUUCCUCAAUCACGUACCUGAUCAAGCUUUUUGUGGUUGUUGUUGGGCUAUGUCAACUGCUUCCGCCUACACAGAUCGCCAUUGUAUUGAGCGUGAUAAAAAGGGUCUGAGUACAUUACGUACUGCAAAUACUAUAUUUUCCUCGUAUGAAUUGCUUUCUUGUACAUCUGAAUACACAUCUAAUUCAUCUAAAUACAAAUCUAAUUAUGACUGUAGAGGGGGUUCGCCUUACAAAGCUUGGGAAUUGAUAAAAGUCAAUGGAAUUUGUACAGGAUCGGAUUAUUUAGGCGAAGGUGGCUGCAAACCAUAUCCGUUUGGACCUAAAAACUCAUUCCCUAUUCUCAAAGAUUGCUAUAAUAAGUGUACAAACAAAACAUGGGGAGUACCUUAUGAUGCUGAUAGAAAGAAUUACGGUAUUUUUUACAGUAUUUCCGUUUAAUACUUAUGUUCAGUAUCAUCUACUAGUACCUUAAAGGGAGAACAGGCUAUUAUAGACGAACUUAAUAAGAAUGGACCUGUAGUUGCUAUCUAUAAUGUCUAUAAGGAUUUUUAUUUUUACGCAAGUGGGGAGGAUGGAGUUUACUUUGUAAUAACGUUAUCGAGCAAAACAUGCACGAACAUUGUACUAGCUGCUCAGUAUUUUC